AUGGCGCUAUCUCACUUGCACAUUCGGACAUACGAAAACACCUCUCCACCUCUAUCAGAGAAACAGAAACCUAUCCAAGAUGGAAGCUUGACAGUGAUACCAAUUCUCCAAACCGAGAAUUCGGUGUUUGGGGCGGAGGUAUCCGGAGUCGAUUGGACAAAUCCCGUGCCUGCAGAAACAGUGUCACAGCUUAUCGCGCUGCAAGAUAAGUAUGGUGUGCUCAUAUUUCGAAAAACGAAUUUGGACAAUGCGCGUCAUAUUGCCUUUUCACAACAACUGGGAGAAAAGCUAGAGGUCAACCCAUUUUACUAUGGACGUGAAAAUGAUAGACUUGGGGAGCCGUUUCUGUUUGACGUCGGAAAUAAGGGAUCCGAGAAAAAAGACACCCCAGUCAUCUACUUGCUGAGAAUCAAGCAGGACUCAACAUAUCAUCAACAACGAUCCAAAUACUCCAUACUAUUGUCUCAUGGUAAUCCGGUCAAGGGCGGAUCAUGGACACAUUUUGCUGAUACGCGUCGCGCAUAUGCCGACCUUCCCGAGUCGAAAAAGGAGGAACUCGAAAAUUUGAUUGUGGAACACGAUCUAUGGCACUCGAGGAAGCUGGCAUCGCCGAUUGUAUACGGAAAUCCUCUGCCACAUGAAUUGGCUGCAAAACCGCCAGCGUAUCACCGUCUUGUUCAAACAGCACCUGAUGGGCGUCAAACUUUAUAUCUCGCCGCCCAUGCUAAGCUGAUCCUAGGCCGGUCGUUUGAGGAGAGUCAAAAAUUGUUAUGGGAACUGAUUGACCACUGCACUCAGCCAAAGUAUGUUUUUAGCAUGGAAUGGCUCUCCGGGGGCGAUAUGGUAUGGUGGGAUAAUAGACAAUCGAUGCACCGCGCAAAUCCAUAUACAGAAACCAUGACAGCUAGGGACGUGCGACGAUCGACAAUUAUUGAUGACGGACCAUUGGCAUACGGAGUCGCUUACGAAGAGAGGCUCGCGGCUGCAUAA